AUGGCCGCCGCUGCGACUGACCCUUCGCUGCUGGGCGAGAAGGCGAAGAGCAUCUUCAGCCAGCUGCCGCGCUACAAGGAGGAGAGCCCGCCCGAGUUUUCGCCGGGCUGGAUCCAUCGCUUCAAGAAGAGAUACGGCCUGCUGAUCAGGCGCCAGCGGCGGCACGGCGACGGAGGCAUCAACCCCGCCGAGGACAUCGACUACCUUGCCGACUGCGUGCCGCGCUUCAUGGCCAUCCAGUCUGACACGAGCCCGGCCGCGAUCCGGGAGCAGGUGCUGCGCGUCGUGGGCGUCGAAUCGAGCCUCAACACCUGUGCGCUGGUCAGAGACGAAAUCAUCCGACGACUGGCAAAUGCCCAUGCGGCUCCGCUAUCGGCUCUGGCACCCGUUGAGCCCACGCUCGCCCAGCCCCCGCCCGAUCAGCCCAUGUACGAAGACGACGACCCCGAGGUGGUGCUCCAAAACGCCCUUCGGCAGCUGCAGCAGGAGGAACAGGCCGCCGAGGAGCAGGCCGCGGCUGUGCGCGAAGAGCGAGAUCGCCAGGAACGAGCCGCGGGACUUCAGCAGCAGGUCAUGAUGGCCGCACCACCCGCCGCCCGCGCACCCUCUGAUACCCGCUAUGCUACGCCUGGCCACGAUAUCUCGCACGACCUGACUCUUACGCCGAUUCAUUCGUCAGAGGUGCCCAUGGCUACUCACGACAGGCCGCUGCGAUGCCCCUUUUGUGUCAACCAGAGAAUGCUCCGUUCGAUCAAGGAGGCCGUGGAGCACAUGUCGACACAUGUUGUGGUGUGA